AUGACGUGGGUCGCGAACAACACCAGCAUACCCAUCCCCGUCGUGGUGCGCUACGAUAAUACCCCUAACAACCCCACCGGACAUGAGUACACGCUCAUGUCGCGCGUGUCGGGCGAGGCGAUAUCUGAUAUAUAUCCGUCCCUCAGCCCCGACGAGCUGGGCCAGGUCUUAGACCAACUCAUCGACAUACUAACCGAGCUAGGCGCGCACGAGUUCUCUGCCAUCGGUGGCCUACACCUCGACAAGAACGGACAAGUUCAGAUUGGCCGCACCAUAGACGAAACAUUCUGGCAGGUCCCCGACAUCGCGACCUUUUGGCCCCAAGGUGAAACCGUCGACAGCGUCAACCCGGCGGCCCAUUCGCUACAUAUAUCGACCUCAUCUCGGGCCAGGUCACCACGUAUAUCCGCCUCAUCCAGCUCCACGACAAGACUACGCGUCCGAGCUGAAAAAGAAAAGGCUGAGCUAGGCCUCGCCCACAAAGACCUGCACCUCGCCAACAUGCUGCACGACCGCUCCACCGGCCGCCUCACCGGGAUACUCGACUGGGAGUUCUCGUCUGUGGUGCCGCUUACCCAGUGGAAUCCCCGCAGAGCGUUCUUAUGGAACGGGCGCGAUGGCGCGGACGCUGUGAACGAGAAGAAGUGA